AUGAGCUCAGUUGGAGUCUCUAUAAAUACAUACCACCUGUCUUCUCAGUGUCUCUGCUGUGGCGCCUCAGCCUGCUUUCCCUCCAUCAUUGGGCUUUUGCGACCUUCAACACCACAGAAACCAUGGCUCAACAGCAGCAGAUUAGCCUUCCGGCUAAACUGAUCAACGGGGGGAUUGCCGGCAUGGUUGGAGUCACCUGUGUGUUCCCAAUCGACCUGGCAAAGACUCGCCUGCAGAACCAGCAAAGAAGUCAGCAACUUUACAGGAAUAUGAUGGACUGCCUAAUAAAGACCGUUAAAUCCGAAGGUUACUUUGGCAUGUACAGAGGUGCUGCUGUAAAUCUGACCCUAGUGACUCCUGAGAAGGCUAUCAAACUCGCUGCCAACGACUUCUUUCGCCACCAGCUAAGCAAAAAUGGCGCCAAGUUAACAGUGUUCAAGGAGAUGCUGGCAGGAUGCUGCGCCGGGAUGUGCCAGGUCAUUGUCACCACACCCAUGGAGAUGCUCAAGAUCCAGCUUCAGGAUGCUGGCAGGCUUGCAGCCCAGCAGAGGUUGAUGCCCAGUGUGGUAACGGCUCUGAAGAUGGGUGGAACCAGUGCUGUCCCCAGCCGCUCCUAUAACAGCAGCCCUGCGCCUCAGGUCACGAGAGUAUCAGCCACACAGAUCACCAGAGAACUGCUCAAGACCAAAGGCAUCACCGGGCUGUAUAGAGGACUUGGGGCUACGUUAAUGAGGGACAUCCCUUUCUCGGUUGUGUACUUUCCUCUUUUUGCACAUUUACACCAGCUGGGCCAGCACUCAUCAGGAAACCCUUCGGUGCCGUUCUAUUGGUCCUUUGUGUCUGGCUGCUUGGCUGCGUCCGUUAGCGCGAUAGCUGUCAGCCCUUGUGACGUGGUCAAAACAAGGCUACAAUCCCUCAAAAAAGGAACUAAUGAGGAAACCUACAAUGGAGUGGUGGAUUGUAUCAGAAAUAUCAUGAGAAAAGAGGGAGCCUCUGCUUUCCUCAAGGGGGCAAGUUGUCGGGCCCUUGUCAUUGCUCCCCUCUUUGGCAUCGCCCAGGUGGUGUACUUUGUUGGAGUUGGAGAGAUGGUGCUCGGUUACACUCCCUAUAAAAUCUACUCUGCAUAGGGGAGGUUAGGUGUAAAGUAUGGAAGGGCCAAAAUGCGCCUCUAUGUGGUCUCAAAGUCAGAUUUCCUCCACUGGAAUUAUUGAUUAACUAACUUGGGCCCCUUUCCCUCCAUAAUCAGAUUUACAGAAUGUCAAAAAAAACUACAGUCAAGAAAAUAAGUAUUUCAACACCCUGCUAUUUUGCAAGUUCUCCCACUUAGAAAUCAUGGAGGGGUCUGAUAUUUUCACGGUAGGUGCAUGUCCACUGUAUGAAAGAGAAACUAAAAUGAAAAAUACAGAAAUCACAAUCCAUGAUUUUUUAACAAUUUAUUUGUGUGAUACAGCUGAAAAUAGGUAUUUGAACACCUGUCUAUCAGCUAGAAUUCUGACCCUCAAAGACCUGUUAGUCCGCCUUUAAAAGCCUUCCUCCACUCCACUGUAUUAUCCUGAAUCAGAUGCACCUGUGUGAGGUCGUUAGCUGCAUAAAGACACCUGUCCACCCCAUACAAUCAGUAAGACCCAAACAUUCAGCAUGGCUAAGAGCAAAGAGCUGUCCAAAGACACCAGAGACAAAAUUGUACAACUCCACAAAGAUGGAAAGGGCUCUGGAGAAAUUGCCAAGCAGCUUUGUUAAAAAAGGUCCACUGUUGGAGCAGUCAUUAUAAAAUGGAAGAAGCUAAACAUGACGGUCAAUCUCUAUGGGAGUGGACCCCCAUGCAAGAUAUCACCUCGUGGGGUCUCAAUGAUGCUAAGAAAGGUGAGGAAUCAGCCCAGGACUACACAGCAGGACUUGGUCAAUGACCUGAAAAAGGCUGUGACUACUGUUUCCAUGGUCACUGUUGGUAAUACACUAAGACGUCAUGGUUUGAAAUCAUGCAUGGCACGGAAGGUUCCCCUGCUUAAACCAGCACAUGUUAAGGCCCAUCUUAAGUUUGCCAAUGACCUUUUGGAUGAUCCAGAGGAGUCAUGGGAGAAAGUUUUGUGGACAGAUGAGACCAAAAUGUACCUUUUUGAUCAUGAUUCCACUAUGCGUUUUUCGAGGAAGAGGAAUGAUGCAUACCAUCCCAAGAACACCAACCCUAUUGUGAAGCAUGGGGGUGGUAGCAUCAGGCUUUGGGGGUGUUUUUCUGCUCAUGGGACAGGACGACUGUACUGUAUUAAGGAGAGAGUGACUGCAGCGAUGUAUUGUGAGAUUUUGGCCAAAAACCUCCUUCCCCCAGUCAGAUCAUUGAAGAUGAGUCGUGGCUGGAUCUUCCAACAUGACAAUGACCCAAAGCACACAUCCAGGAAAACCAAGAUGUGGCUUCGUAAGAACCAUAUCAAGGUUCCGGAGUGGCCUAGCCAGUCUCCAGACCUAAAUCCAACUGAAAAUCUUUGGAGGGAGCUGAAAGUCUGUGUUACUCAGCGACAGCCCAGAAACUUGACUGAUCUAGAGAAGAUCUGUGUGGAGGAGUGGGCCAAAAUCUCUCCUGCAGUCUGUGCAAACCUGGUGAAGAACUAUAGGAAACGUUUGACCUCUGUAAUUGCAAACAAAGGCUACUCUACCAAAUAUUAAUGUUUGUGUUGAAAUACUUAUUUUCAGCUUUAUCACAGAAAUAAAUUGUUAAAAAAUCAUA